AUGCGGACUAUCUCGUUUUUGCCCGCAUGGAGACUCUCUGCAGUCACUGCACUUGCGGUUCUGGCGGCGCUGGCUGGCACUGUGCCCGGAGUCCAAGCCAUCCCAGACUCAGCCGAGAGCUUCUUUAACUUUGUGGCCGAGCGACGAGACAGUGCGCCGGAGCCUAUUAAGACCAACAACAACAUUAAAACUAAUGCUCAGCCAUAUGUCAAACAACCGGCAUCAUCAUACUACGUACAAGACUUACCAGGACUAGAGAAUAUUCCAGCUGCGAAAAUCCCCACGAUGCAUGCGGGUCAUAUUCCCAUCCGACCAGAAAAUGACAGCAACUUGUUUUUCUGGAGCUUUGAGGCCGAGUUUUCCGUGACAGAACGCAGAAAAACCGUUCUCUGGCUUAAUGGUGGUCCUGGAUGCUCGUCUAUGGACGGCGCUUUAAUGGAAAUUGGGCCUUUCCGUCUGCCCAACUCUUCUGACAAGCUCGAGCUGAACCCUGGGUCGUGGCACCAACAUGCCAAUCUUUUGUUUGUGGACCAGCCGGUCGGCACUGGCCUGUCGACGGCUGCUACUGGGUCUUAUUUACAUGAGCUUCCUGAAAUGGCUCGCGACAUGAUGACUUUUUUGGAGCGAUACUUUGAAAUUUUCCCUGAGCGUCAAAAUGACGAGUAUUAUCUUGCUGGAGAGUCUUUUGCUGGACAAUACUUGCCGUAUCUUGCUCGAGCCAUUUUGGAUAAGAAUCUCAACAAGACGAGUCCAGUAAUGGAGAUUCUUAAGCCAGCGUCUGACGUGGCUAAGCCCAAGGCAGCCAAGCCUGUCUCCUCCCAAAGUACAGCCGAAACUUCCCCAACUGUCUCUGCUGAUUCCAUUGCUUCUGCUGAUUCCACUGCUUCUGCUGAUGCCACUGCUUCUUCCGGACCCAAGGAAAAACGUAGCACGGGUCCUUGGGUUGACCUCAAGGCGGUUGUCAUUGGAAAUGGGUGGAUCGAUCCUCCAUCGCAGUACCUGACAUAUCUUCCAUUUGCUUACCAGUCUGGGCUGAUUAAGCAUGGGUCGGACAUUGCUGCCACGAUUGAGAGCAAGACCAAGCGAUGCUCGGAGUACUUUGAGACACAUGACAAUGACCGGGCAGGGCUGGCCAUCCCUGUGUGUGACGAAGUUUUGGAUGGUAUUUUACGUGAACUGUUUUUGGCAUCAGGACUUAAGAAAUCAGACCCUAAUGCGUGCGUUAACGUGUACGACAUUCGUCUGCGUGACACGUUUUCGUCAUGCGGAAUGAAUUGGCCUCCAGAUCUUGCCAAUGUUUCGCCAUACUUGCGUCGCAAGGACGUGCUGACUGCUCUUCAUGUCCCUGAUAGCCACGGCUGGAGGGAGUGUUCUGGGGCAGUUGGGUCAGCUUUCAAGGCGAAGCACUCGAAUCCAUCUAUUAAGAUUAUUCCGACACUUAUUGAAGACGAUAUUGAGGUGGUGAUGUUUAACGGAGACCAGGAUUUAAUUUGCAAUCACGUUGGUAAUGAAAAGUUGAUUCAAUCUUUGAAAUGGGGGCAGCAGGUGUUUGGACGACAGGGUGAAAUGCUUGCCCAGGUUUCUGAGGAGUCAUCUGGGUUCCGCUCGGAUGAACCUUUUGAGGAUUGGUUUGUGAAUGGAACAGCAGCUGGUACGAUUCAAACAGGCCGGAACUUGACUUAUAUUAAGAUUUUCAAUGCGUCACAUAUGGUUCCUGUGGAUGUGCCUGAGGUUGCACAAGCAAUGAUUAACCAGCUUAUUGGAGUUCCUGGGUAUUCACGGGCGGAGCAGCAACCCAAGCCGACUUCCAAUAUUGCCACGACUGAGGAGCCGAGUGAUGACACCAAGGGGGAUUUCGACGAUGAUAAUGAUGGUGGGAGCAACCCAGCUGUUCCUGAAGACGAGGCAGGGGAAUCUGGAGAGUCUGGAGAGCAGGAGGAUGCCACAUGGACACCGUAUUACAAGGCUGGAGCGUUUGCACUUGUUGUUGUUGCACUUGUUGCUGCAAUGCUUGGUAUGGUUGUGUGGCGGAACCGGAGGCUUACUCAGGACGCUUUGGCCAUCAAUGGGACACCACUGCGGCGCGGGGUGCACUAUGAGGAUGAGCUGGAGGAUUAUGAGGCACAGCAACGGGUGCCUAUUCGAGAAGAGGGCUUUUUCAGAAGCAUUUUGUCAGGGAUUUCGCGGUGGCACGUGCCAUCACGAGGUGGAAGAAGCCUGCGACUCAAUCAUAAGACGAAUGAUCCUGUUGCUGGCAAGUACCGGAACCUGGGGGCCAAUGCGCCAGCUGGGGCCAGCUCUAUUGGGUUGGGAGAGUUUCACGACUCUGAUGAUGAGAAUGGGGUUCCUUUGGAGGCGAUUCAUAAGCGGGAUUCUGUGGACUCAAUUUUAGAUGAGCUUUCAGAGGAGUCUCAUAUAAACAAAUGA